GCAACCAUGCAAAGAAGCAGCAAACGUCCAACAGCAGCUUCCCCAAAGAGUUCCUCCUCCUGACAUUCGCAGACACACGGGAGCUGCAGCUCCUGCACUUUGCGCUCUUCCUGGGCAUCUACCUGGCUGCCCUCCUGGGCAAUGGUCUCAUCCUCACAGCCAUAGCCUGCGACCACCGCCUCCACAUCCCCAUGUACUUCUUCCUCUUCAACCUCGCCCUCCUUGACCUGGGUACUAUCACCACCAUUGUCCCCAAAGCCAUGGCCAACUCCCUGUGGGACACCAGCGCCAUUUCCUACGCAGGUUGUGCUGCCCAGGUCUUUAUGUUUGUUGUCUUUCUCACAGCAGAGUUUUCUCUCCUCACCAUCAUGGCCUAUGACCGCUACAUUGCAAUCUGCAAACCCCUGCACUAUGGGACAAUAAUGAACAGCAGAACUUGUGUCUACAUGGCAGCAGCUGCCUGGGGCAGUACUUUGCUCUAUGCUGUGCUGCACACUGCCAAUACCUUUUCCCUCCCCCUCUGCCAUGGCAAUGCUUUGGACCAGUUCUUCUGUGAAAUUCCCCAGAUCCUCAAGCUCUCCUGCUCAGAUGAUUACCUCCAGGAAACUGGGCUUCUUGUGCUUAGUGCUUGUGUAUUAUUUGGGUGUUUUAUUUUCCUUGUUGUGUCCUAUGUGCAGAUCUUCAGGGCUGUGCUGAGGAUCCCCUCACAGCAGGGACGUCACAAAGCCUUUUCCACCUGCCUCCCUCACCUGGCCGUAGUCUCCCUGUUUCUUAGUACUGCCACAUUUGCCUACCUGAAGCCCUCCUCCAUCUCUUCCCCAUUCCUUGAUCUUUUGCUGGCAGUUCUGUAUUCGGUGGUGCCUCCAGCAGUGAACCCCCUCAUCUACAGCAUGAGGAACCAGGAGCUGAAGGAUGGAGUUAGGAAAUUGAUUUCAUGGAUGUUUUUCAGUACUUAUAAAGAUCCCUUCACUCUCCACAAAUGA